CACCCAAGAAAUUCUUAAAGCGGGUUUCUAGUUUAAUUAAAGAAUUGUUUAGAGUUGGAAGAGGAUCUAGUCUAGCCAUGGGAAGCCCUUUAAUGGCCCGCUUCCGCAUCUAAGACUAUGUAGUAGCUGCUUUAGAGACAGAAACCCAACAAUCGGUCCAAGUCAAUGUCAGAUUUCAGAGCUCGAAGCUUUCGAUUUUGUUUUUUUUAUUAUUUUUUAACUCAAUCUUUGAGUCACAGAGUCUCUGUGUCUCACCAAGUCUCUUAGUCUCUUUGGGUUGCGAACGUGUCUAUAGUCAUGGUAUUGGCCCGAAAGUGACUUGGCCAAAUGACUUUUGAAGAUUCUUGGCUGAUCGGCUAAACAUAGCCAUAUGUCUUUUUGAUUUCUGAUUUCUGGCCCGAACGAAACCGAAAGCCGACAGAUCGGAUCGCUCGGCAGUUGAGAUUUAAUAUUAAAUUGAACUUGGCCGAGGCGGUUGGCAGCAUUUCUAGUUUCGGUUUCGAUUGGGCAACACGUCGUCGUCUUGGUGGUUGCCGGAAAACAAGAACACCUCCUCGCUACCCUCGCUACUUUUAUUUUUUUUCAAGUGCAUAGAAUCUAAGAAAGUGUCAAGUCUAACCAGAGACUCUGUCUGAAGAGAGCCAAGCAAUGGCAUUCAAAGCAAUCCUAUACCUGACCUGCCUCGGUCUAAUGGGCCUCAUCGCCGGCCAGGAGAACAACGUCCUCUUCGAGACCAUCAACUUCCUGCGCCGCGGCCAGGCCGACCUCGAGCUGGAGAACCACGACAACUAUGUCGUCCUCGAGCCGGAAUAUGACUUCAUUGUGGUGGGUGCUGGCACGGCGGGAUGUGCCCUUGCCGCCCGCCUCUCCGAGAAUCCCAAGUGGCGUGUCCUCCUCCUGGAGGCCGGCGGCCCGGAGCGCCUCGUGAUGGAUGUGCCGAUUGUGGCCCAUUUCCUCCAACUGGGCGAGAUGAACUGGAAGUACCGGACCCAGCCCUCGGACCACGCCUGCCUGGCGAUGAACAACAACCGGUGCAACUGGCCCAGGGGCAAGGUGGUCGGCGGCAGCUCCGUUCUCAACUACAUGAUGUACACGAGGGGCAACCGCAGGGACUACGACAGGUGGGAGGAGCUGGGCAAUCCCGGCUGGAGCUACAAGGACGUCCUGCCCUACUUCAAGAAGUACGAGGGCAGCAGCGUGCCCGAUGCCGAGGAGGACUACGUCGGUCGGAACGGUCCCGUGAAGAUCAGCUACGUGAACUGGCGCUCCAAGAUCUCCGAGGCCUUUGUGGAGGCCGCCCAGGAGGAUGGGCUCAAGUAUAGGGACUACAACGGUCGGAUCCAGAACGGAGUGGCCUUCCUGCACACCACCACCCGCAACUCGACCAGGUGGAGCUCCAACCGGGCCUACCUCUACCCCCUGAAGGGCAAGCGCCCCAACCUGCACAUCAAGAAGUUCGCUUUGGUGACCAAGGUGCUGAUCGACCCGCAGACCAAGACCGCCUACGGCAUCAUGGUCCAGGCCGAUGGUCGAAUGCAGAAGAUCCUGGCACGCCGCGAGGUCAUCGUCUCCGCCGGAGCCAUCAACACGCCCCAGCUGCUGAUGCUGUCGGGCGUGGGACCGGCGAAGCACCUCCGGGAGGUGGGCAUCAAGCCGAUCGCCGACCUGGCCGUGGGCUACAACCUGCAGGACCACACCGCACCCGCUGUCACCUUCACCACCAAUGCCACCUCCCUGAAGUUCGAGGACUUUGCCGAUCCCACGCUGAUCAACCGGUUCAACCGGAUGGAGGGCCCGUACGGAUCGCCAGGUGGCUGCGAGGCCAUCGCCUUCUGGGAUCUGGACCACGAGAGGGACGAGGAUGGAUGGCCGGACAUUGAGCUGUUCCUGGUGGGCGGUUCCAUGUCCUCCAACCCGGCCAUCUCGCGGGCCUUCGGCCUGAAGAAGUCCAUCUACGACUCACUGUUCGCGGAGAUCGAGGACAAGUCGCUGAACGCCUUCAUGAUCUUCCCGAUGAUCCUGCGGCCGAAGAGUCGCGGCCGGAUCAUGCUGAAGAGCACCGACCCCUUCAAGUAUCCCCUCAUCCAUGCCAAUUACUUUGCCCAUCCGUACGACGUGGACAUCUCCGUGCGGGGCCUCCUCAAGGCCGUCAGCCUGAUGGACCAGAAGGGCAUGAAGGCCAUCAACGCCAAGCUGUGGGAGAAGAAGAUCCCCACCUGCAAGCAGCACCCUUACAAGUCGUGGGCCUACUGGGCCUGCUACGUCCGCCACUUCACCUUCACCAUCUACCACUACUCCGGCACGGCCAAGAUGGGUCCCAAGUCCGACCGGGCCGCCGUCGUCGACCACCGGCUGCGAGUCCAUGGCAUCAAGAAUCUCCGGGUGGCGGACGCCAGCAUCAUGCCGGAGAUCAUGUCCGGCCAUCCCAACGGACCGGUCUUCAUGAUCGCCGAGAAGGCGGCCGAUAUGAUCAAGCAGGAUCACGGCUACAUCCAGUGAUCUCCUCCGGAUAGCCGUAGUUCUCCAGUAGUCCAAAGUCGAUCGUCAUCGUCAUCGUCAUCAGGUGCAAGCCCAGUGGGAGCUGGCCCUCCUCCACUCACCCAUCCCAGUCCCAAUCACCUGCCUCCAGCCGGCUGCCUCCCACGGGGCCUAGGUUUAAGGAACACUGUUUGUUUUUAUUUUUAAUCCUCUCUUGCCUGAACUGAUUCUACUCUAAGUCUAGACCCGUAAGCCACAAGGAUACUUUACGGAUAAAAUAAAUCGAUAAGUUUUGUAU